AAGAGUCCGGUGCACGUGCUGGCUCGUCCCUGUCAAUCGACUCAUCCAGUCGCCACCCCUCGGCGGCUCGGCCCUCGCCAUUGCCGCCGGGGCUGAGAAGAAGAAGGGAGGCGGGGCCUGCGCGGCUAACACCAUCAUCGAUUGCUCCUCCUUUAGUUUAGUGGUCUGGGAAAGUAGGAAGCGGCCAUCAAAAGAGGCGUCCCUUUGGGCUUUGGGGCUGGGGGCUCGGCCCCCACAGAGUUCUUUGGUGGCCUAGCUAGAUUGGAUAUUAUGAUGGUUGGAUGAGUGUUCGUCUUGGCCGCCCACCUCGUCCGCCUCGUUGGCUCCGCACGGCUGCAUCUCUCUUGAGACGAGGACGGGCCGCGCGCUUCUCUGCGUAGUCCUUCGAGCAGGAUAGGAGGCCUCUGACUCUCUGAGCUGCACACCAUCUGAGCGACGCCAUGGGAGAGGUCGCAGACAUGUACACCCAAGACGGGACCGUCGACAUGAAGGGCAACCCGGCCGUGAAGAAGGGCACCGGCAACUGGCGCGCCUGCCCUUACAUCCUCGCGAACGAGUGCUGCGAGAGGCUGGCGUACUACGGCAUGAGCACCAACCUGGUGAACUACAUGAAGACCCGCCUCGGCCAGGGGAACUCCGUCGCCGCCAACAACGUCACCAACUGGAGCGGAACGUGCUACAUCACGCCACUCAUCGGCGCAUUCUUGGCUGACGCCUACAUGGGGAGAUACUGGACCAUCGCCAGCUUCAUGAUCAUCUACAUCAUUGGCCUGACGCUGCUGACGAUGGCGUCGUCGGUGAAGGGGCUGGUGCCGUCGUGCGACGGCAGCGGGACGUGCCACCCGACGGAGUCGCAGUCGGCGGCGGUGUUCGUGGCGCUGUACCUGAUCGCGCUGGGCACGGGCGGCAUCAAGCCCUGCGUGUCGUCCUUCGGCGCCGACCAGUUCGACGAGAACGACGAGCGCGAGAACAAGAGCAAGAGCUCCUUCUUCAACUGGUUCUACUUCUCCAUCAACAUCGGCGCGCUGGUGGCGUCGACGGUGCUGGUGUACGUGCAGACGCACGUCGGCUGGGGCUGGGGCUUCGGCAUCCCCGCCGUGGUGAUGGCCAUCGCUGUCGUGAGCUUCUUCGUCGGCUCGCCGCUGUACCGGCACCAGCGCCCCGGGGGCAGCCCGGUCACGCGCAUCGCGCAGGUGCUCGUCGCGUCCGCGCGCAAGUGGAGCGUGGCCGUGCCCGCCGACAAGGCGCAGCUGCACGAGACGCUGGACAAGGAGUCCGGCAUCGAGGGCAGCCGCAAGCUCGAGCACACGGACCAGUUCCGCUGCCUCGACAAGGCGGCCGUGACGGCCGCCGACGGCGCGGCGGCGGCGGCGCCGAGCCCGUGGCGGCUGUGCACGGUGACCCAGGUGGAGGAGCUUAAGAGCGUGGUCCGGCUGCUGCCCAUCUGGGCGACCGGGAUCGUGUUCGCGACGGUGUACGGGCAGAUGAGCACCAUGUUCGUGCUGCAGGGCAACACGCUGGACCAGCGCAUGGGGCCCCGGUUCCGCAUCCCCUCGGCGACGCUCUCCAUGGUGGACACCAUCAGCGUCAUCAUCUGGGUGCCCAUCUACGACCGCCUCAUCGUGCCGGCGGCGCGCUCCGUCACGGGCCGCCCGCGCGGGUUCACGCAGCUGCAGCGCAUGGGCAUCGGCCUCGUCAUCUCCAUCUUCUCCAUGGUCGCCGCGGGCGUGCUCGACGUCGUGCGGCUGCGCGCCGUGGCGCGGCACGGGCUGUACGGCGACAAGGACACGGUGCCCAUCUCCAUCUUCUGGCAGAUCCCGCAGUACUUCAUCAUCGGGUGCGCCGAGGUGUUCACCUUCGUGGGGCAGCUCGAGUUCUUCUACGACCAGGCGCCCGACGCCAUGAGGAGCCUGUGCUCGGCGCUGUCGCUCACCACCGUGGCGCUGGGCAACUACCUGAGCACGGUGCUUGUGACCAUCGUGACGCGCAUCACCACCAGGCACGGCAGGCUCGGGUGGAUCCCGGACAACCUCAACCGCGGCCACCUCGACUACUUCUUCUGGCUGCUCGCCGUGCUCAGCCUCCUCAACUUCCUCGUCUACCUGCUCAUCGCCAGGUGGUACAAGUACAAGAAGACGGCGGAAUACCUGGACGCCACCAAAGGGGAGCGCAACCAGGACCACUGAUGAAAGUGGUGGUGCAGGGCUACAUACAGGCUGACUCAACGGAGAAGAAGAAGAAAACGAAGUGGUCAAAUUCUCUGUGCGGUUGGCUUCCGGUUUGUUCGUGGGAGUUCGCGUGUUUAAACGUACUAGUUCACUGUAGGUGACAGGGGUCGAAUGGAUUGUUUAGUAUGUCAUGUGUCAGUAAUACGCGCAAUGCUUGAUCUAAAAUAUAAGUAGUAUCUAUAAAAUAAGUUCAGCUCCUACAAAAGCAACGAAUUA